ACCCCAGGCUGUUUGGGCCACUGUGGCCCUCCCGAGGCCGGCGCCGCGGCAAGAGCGCAUCUGGAUUACACAGUUUUGGUCCCAUGCGACCUCCGGUUCCCCCAUCCUGGCCCACGGGACGGAUCAGGAAUGUGAACCUGAGCACGACCGGGGCCACCCGGGGCUUGGCGUCCCGUAUACAGCCACGUGAGCUUGAGAUUUCAGUUUCACGGAAGGAACGUAGGCAAAUGAAAACAAGACCUGGAGAAGUCCUUAUUGAUUGUUUAGAUUCCAUUGAAGACACCAAAGGAAAUAACGGAGAUAGAGGUAGACUCUUGGUAACAAAUUUAAGAAUUAUCUGGCACUCUUUGGCAUUAUCAAGAGUCAAUGUUUCUGUCGGUUACAAUUGCAUAUUGAAUAUUACAACAAGGACUGCUAACUCUAAAUUACGAGGCCAAACUGAAGCUCUUUAUAUACUAACAAAAUGUAACAGUACUCGUUUUGAAUUUAUAUUUACAAAUUUGGUUCCUGGAAGCCCUAGACUUUUUACUUCUGUGAUGGCAGUACACAGAGCGUAUGAAACUUCUAAAAUGUAUCGUGAUUUUAAAUUAAGAAGUGCACUAAUUCAGGACAAGCAACUAAGACUGUUGCCACAAGAACAUGUAUAUGAUAAAAUAAAUGGAGUAUGGAAUUUAUCCAGUGAUCAGGGCAAUUUAGGAACCUUUUUUAUUACCAAUGUGAGAAUUGUGUGGCAUGCAAAUAUGAAUGAUAGUUUUAAUGUCAGUAUACCAUAUCUGCAAAUUCGUUCAAUAAAGAUUAGAGAUUCAAAAUUUGGUUUAGCUCUUGUCAUAGAAAGCUCUCAGCAGAGUGGUGGAUAUGUUCUUGGCUUUAAAAUAGAUCCUGUGGAAAAACUACAAGAAUCAGUUAAGGAAAUCAAUUCACUUCACAAAGUCUAUUCUGCCAGUCCCAUAUUUGGAGUUGAUUAUGAGAUGGAAGAAAAGCCCCAGCCGCUCGAAGCUCUGACAGUCGAACAAAUUCAAGAUGAUGUAGAAAUAGAUUCUGAUGGUCACACGGAUGCUUUUGUGGCUUAUUUUGCUGAUGGCAAUAAGCAACAAGAUCGUGAACCUGUAUUUUCAGAAGAACUGGGACUUGCAAUAGAGAAAUUGAAGGAUGGAUUCACCCUACAGGGACUUUGGGAAGUAAUGAGUUGAUUGACCUUGAGUUGAGAUGGAUUGCUAUUAAAGAUAUCUCUAGUUUAAA